AUGUGGUACCAGCUCCUCACGCUCUUACCCCCUGUUCAGAGCCUCACCACAGCGCCAUUACCGCUCGACCACCACCACCGCCGCCGGCACUUGACCCGGGACGAGGUGCUCUCCCUCGUGCACGAAGCGGCGCGGUACGCCGCACUCGUAUACUGCGGCCCCCGCGAAACGUCCGCCUGGGCAUGCGGGCCGCACUGUACGGCGCUGGGGAACAUCUCCGUCCUCGAGAGCGGGGGCGACCACGGCGCGACGCCCUGGUGUGGCUCAACGGUCGUCGUUGUCGCAGGCACGAACCCGCACUCGCUUGCCUCGGUCGCGGACGACCUCGAUAUCCGGCGCGCGGUGCCGACAGACGACGAGUUCCCCGGGGCGUCAGCGGCAGGCGUGACCCUCCACAAGGGUUUCUACCGUACCUUCCGCCGCUUGGCCCCGGGGGUACGAGAGGGCGUCGUGAGGUCGAUCGCGGGGGACGCUGCACAGCACAUCCUCGUCGCGGGCCACUCGUUGGGCGGCGCACUGGGCCACCUCCUCGCAGUCCACUUACAGCGAACGCUCCCCCACGCCGAAGUGCACGCGCGGCUGUUCGCGUCCCCGCGUGUGGGAAACAGGCAUUGGGCCGACUAUGUCGACGCGACGUUUCCCCCAGGACAGAGUCUGCACGUGGUCAACUUUAACGACAUGGUGCCGCAUCUCCCGCUGCGCGAGUGGGGGUUCCGCCACCCCGCGGGCGAGGUGUGGAUCGCCGGUCCCAACAGCGAGAAGUACGUCCUCUGCCAUGGCCAGGAGGACGACCACUGCUUUUCGAGCGUCAAGACGCGGGUCACUGGUAUGGCCAGGCUCAGGCAGUACGCUGGGCUCGGGGUGCACCUUGGGGGGUAUGCGGGCGUCAAGGUGGGGCGGGAGAGCUUGUGCGCGAGGGGGAUAGCGGGAUAG